AUGGGACGACUUGAAGGAAAAAAUGCCAUCGUUACUGGCGCUGCAGGUGGCAUCGGUCUAGAGACCUGCAUCCUCUUCGCUCGUGAAGGUGCUUCCGUUUUGAUGGCUGACAUUUCGGAGCCUGCGCUCGAAAGGGCCCUUGCCAAGGUAAAGCUCGUCGUCCCCAACGCCGCCAGACUCGAAACUAUCAAGUGUGACGUCUCUAAGGAGGCCGAUGUCAAAGCCAUGGUCGAAGCGCUGGAUUCCUGGGGUGGAUGUGACGUCAUAUUCAAUAAUGCAGGCAUAAUGCAUGAAGACGAUGCGGAUGCAAUCGGUACCCCCGAGCAUAUUUGGGACAUGACUCAGAAUAUCAAUGUCAAGGGAGUAUGGUACGGAUCUAAACAUGCAAUCCUUAGCAUGCGCAGACACAAGAAGAUAAAAGGCAGCAUCAUCAAUACGGCUAGUGUGGUGGCUUUGACGGGAAGCGCAGUUCCCCAGUUAGCAUAUACGGCAAGCAAAGGGGCAGUUCUUGCCAUGACGAGGGAGCUGGCAAUUGUCCAUGGCCGCGAGGGAUUUAGAUUCAAUUCUCUCUGCCCUGCGCCUUUAAAUACCCCUCUGCUGCAGGACUGGCUGGGUAAUGACAUCGCUAAGCGCCAAAGACGCGAGAUCCAUUUCCCCACGGGCCGUUUUGGUGAAGCUGUCGAACAGGCUCAGGCCGUUCUUUUCUUGGCUAGUGACGAGAGCAGUUUCGUAAACGGGACCGAUUUCGUUGUCGAUGGUGGAAUGACCAAGGCAUACGUUACCCCAGAAGGGCCGCCAACAGAAGCACCGAAAAACUUUGCGAGCUAA